AUGCAACGGAAAACAUGUGAAUAUAUUUUUCAACAUCUCCUACCGCCUGUUCAUCGUGCUUGUCUUCUUGUGCCAGAGUUGACACUAAGCAUAUUAACAUCAUCGAAUCCUCUGUGGAACAUACCUUAUCAAGAAGCAAUGGAUAAAUUGGGUCGAACUGAUCCAUGGUGGGCUUUUCUUUGGCCUGGAAGUCAAGCAUUAAGUCGUUAUGUAUUGGAUAAUCGCUCGUUGAUUCAAGGACGACGGGUCUUAGAUCUUGGCUCUGGAUGUGGAGCAAGUGCAAUCGCUUCAAAGAUGGCUGGUGCUAUGCACGUGAUUGCCAAUGACAUCGAUCAAGAUGCAUUGGCUGCAACUUGUCAUAAUGCUCGAUUGAACGAUGUUACCAUUGAGGAAUAUUUAUCAGACAAUGUUAUUGAAAAACCUUCGAUAAUAUUAGAUAAACGUACAGUUGACCUACUUAUCAUCGGUGACAUGUGUUAUGAUCAACAACUUUCUGAGCAAGUCGUAAAUUUGAUAAAAACUGCUCGUCGAUAUCAUCUUCGAGUUUUAUUAGCUGAUCCGGGUCGAUAUAGUUUCAAAAAAGUUGUUCUCGAUCAACUCAAAGGGAUAAUUACAUGUGCUUGUGAAUAUCCGAUUAUGGAUCGGGAUUAUACAGAGUCGGAUUUCGACUCAAUACAAAUCUGGACAACGUGA